AUGCUUAAAUUCAUACUUGCUUUAGUUCUUUUAGUCAAACUUUGUUAUUCUACUUGUGAUUAGUACUGUGGUAAUUGCAACUAUACUAAUAACACUUGUAACAUUUGUGUAAAUCAAAAAGUACUUUAUAAUGGAACUUGCUUAGACAAAUGUCCUCCAGGUUAUUACUAAAACACCGCUUUUGUUUGUCAGAAAUGUGGCUCAUCAUGUAAAACAUGCUAAAAUUCUGCAGAUAAUUGUACAUCUUGUUAGUUUACAACUUAAUUUUUAUAUCAAGGAAAUUGUCUGUAAAAUUGUACUCCUAAUACAAUACCUACUUACGAUCCAGAUUAAUCAUAUUGUGCAGACUGCAACCCAAAAUGUAAGACUUGUUAAGCAAAUCCUAAUAACUGCAGUUCGUGCUCAGAUAGCACUUAAUCUUUGUACUUAGGCACUUGUAUAUAAAUUUGUCCGGUUGGAACAUAUUCAUAAUAGGUUUUUAGUUCUUCUGGUAACUAUAACUAAUGCGUCCAAUGCAUGAACAACUGCUAAACUUGUUUGUCAACUAGCAAAUGUAAUUUAUGCUAACCAGGUUGGUAUUUAACUAACGAUGGUACUUAAUGCGUUUAAUAGUGUCCAAGCGGAUUUUUAAGCGAUAAUAUCUAUAGAAAAUGCUAUAGGACCUCUUGUCCUGAAGGUAUGUUUGAUUUAACAACAUUAAAUACUAACUAAGUAGGAGUAUAAUGUGCAACAACUUGUCCUAGUGGUUUUUAUAUAGAUUCAGAUAAAAACAAGUGUGUUUAAUGUAAUAGUGCAUGCUAAGAAUGCACAGGUCCUGGUGCUGGAGAUUGCUUAGUUUGCCAUGAAACUUGCCUCACUUGUGCAGGAUCAGGGUUUGAUCAGUGUCUUUCUUGUACUUAAGAUAGACAAUUUUACUAAAAAUUUAAUCAGCCUGUUGGCGAAUGCGUUUGCAGUUAUGAUACAACAGAAGAACUUUAGCAAUAUUGUGAAAAUACGGAUUAAGCAUCUUCAAUAAAAAAGGCUUUAGCAGGAUUAACCAUAGCUAACUUUGUUAUGGGAAUAUUAAACAGUCUUUUUACAAGAAAUUCCAUUUUAAUAUUCAGAUAUAUUGAUUUUUCUCAAACUCUGUCUUAUUUAGGUUACAUAACUUUCAAAUACCCAAUUCAAAUGGAUAGAACUCUAAAAAUAUAUGAAUACUUUAACAUUGGGUAUCUAUUACCUUAGCCUAAUCAUUUUGCUGAUGAUGUUGUAAUUUCUAACUAAUAGCUUCAAAACAAUCCUUAUAAUUCUUAAUUGGCUUAUAAAGGAAAUCCAUUGUUUUUUGUUAACAAAAGAGUUCCAUUUCUAAUUGUAAAUUGCUUUAGUUAUUUCAUGAUCUAGCUCAUUUGUCUAUUUUUUAUACUGGCUCUUCGUUAUAUAGUGUAUCCUAUUACUAAAUCAGAUAGAAUUCUAAAAUUAUCUUAAAAAUUGCCUCAUACUCUACUUAUUAAUUUGUUUAUUUUAACCUCUUAAGAAAUGAUCACAGACACGUUUAUUCAAUAUACUAAUGUUGAAUAUCAAAGUGACUAUGCUAUAUCUAUUGUUUCAACAAUUAUGGCUGGAAUUUUUACAGUUGUUAUUUCUAUUGGACUAAUUUAUUUGUUGUACAGGACAAAAAGAAAGUUAGAUUUAGAUUUAGAAAUUGAUGUUUUUGAUGCAAAAAGUAAGUAUGUUAGACAAAUAAGAGAGUAAAAUGGUAUUCCAAGUCACUUUUAAUUGGUGAUAUUAUUGAGAAAGAUUAUCUAUAGUAUUGCAGUAGCAUUCCUUUAUAAAUAUCCAUAAGUUCAGGCUUCUAUAAUUUUAAUCAUACAAUGUCUUCUUUUGGUUUAUUUCUUUAUGAAGAAACCAUUUUAAUAGUCUAAGUACCAAUAUUUAGCUACAUUUAUUGAGCUCUCAUUUACCCUUUUCUGUCUUAUCAUGUUUAUUUGCUCUUUCUUGAGUGGCUCUAGCUUAAUAAAUGGUAUGGUAGUCUUUGGAGCAUUUUUAAUUAUUUUUUAAAUUAUUGUUUGCAUUCUUGGUUCUUAUAAUUUCUUUUUAACCACAUUCAAGCUAUUAAAAAUUUAAGAAUAAAUUGAAAUAUAAGAAUUACAUAAGUAAUAUGAUGCUGUCAAAAAGUUAGAAUACCAAAAUAAAAUUAAUUAGAAAUUAUCAAAUAAUAUUUUUAUUGAUUAAUCUAAUAUUUUACAUGAUAACGAUAAUAAUAGCCCAACUAAAUUGCUAAAAAAAGCUCAGACUGCCUCAUAAGAAAAUGGAUAUUAAGCUAGUGUCUUCUCAUAAUCUAAUAUUCCUAAUAAUAAUAAUAACAAUAACUCAUUUUUACUUGGAGGAAAUACUUCUUAUUUCUAAACUAGACCUAAUUUGCACAACGAGUCAUAAAUUUUAUAAAAUUAAACUAUUUUGGAAACAAAAACAGUAGAUUAACAACUAUCACCUAUAAAAGGACUGCAAUUAGGGUAUUUAAGCUAUUCUAAUAAUCCAGAGAAUGAAUAAAGCCCGAUAAAGAAAACACAAAUGAGAAAACUAUUACCUCCUAUUAAUCAAGGCUCUGAAUUAAAAACAUCAAACACAUCUAAUAUACUCUCAGAUUUAUCUAAUCCUACUUCUAAUAUUUUCAAAAAAUCCUCAAUUAUCUUAAAUCCAGUACAGUAAAAUAAUAGUACUACUAAUAAAAAUAAUGGAGAAUAUAUAAAAAAGAGAGUAGCUCAACUUAAGAGUUUGGAAAUAGGUUCACCUAACAAUGGAUAAAAUUUAAAAAACGAAUAAUAACUUUAAGAAAUUAACUCUUAUAUUGUAAACAAUCCUCCCCCUGAUAGCUCAAAAGUUCAAGUUACAGCCAGAGAAAAUGAAAAUGCUUCUUAUAGAAAUAAUUAGAUUUCAAACAAUGUUUCUUCAAGAUCAGAAACUAUUAUUUUGUAAUAAUAAUUAAAAAACUAGCAAAAUUUAGAAUUAAUUUAAGAUGGUGAAGAUAGCGAUGAAAUGGAAUCAAAUAACAAUAACGAUUCCAUGAAAAAUAAUAUGUAAAAUAAAAAACAUAUCAUAUAAUCAACCUAUAAAAAAUAAUAAAACAAUCCUAAAGAAAUAACAAUUUUAUCAUGA